AUGCCGCUUGAUGAAUCUCGACCAACGUUCUGGGUCCUGCUGUUUAGGGGCACCGAGUCGGUCGUAACUCUGCGCGUGGUGGACAAACUCAGCCUGGGAUGCUUUUGGCCGAACGAGAGCAGCGUGCUGCUGCACGUGAAUGCUGGCGGGAACAUCUCCUGCCCCGGCCUCGCCUGCAGCGACAACACGGGCACAGUUUGGUUCAAGGGAAACACGGCUUUCUCAAAGCAGAAGCGACAAUUCUGUCAAAGGGACGGCCGGUUAGAACUCUGCACAGUCUGGGAACCUGAUUCUGGUGUAUAUUUCUGUGAUAGAAGAAUAAUUGAGGAAGAAGUCACGUGGACCUUUAGGAGGUCUGUAACUGUCACAGUCAUACCACGUCUUAAAGCUAAUUCUGCUCCAGAAAUCAGGAGUCCUGCUGCCAACCUGACAGAGGAGGUAGAACUUGAUCGGCCCCACAAUCUGACAUGUGAGGCAUUUUUUGAUUUCGAAAUCGACUUCUCACCAAGAGUGCUCUGGUUCAUGAAUUAUGGCGGCAGCAUCAAGAACAGGACUCUGCUGGACAUGGAGACGCUCAGACAGACGCGAGUCAGUCUAAAACAGAUUAAAGUCACACGAAAAGCCACCAUAGAAGAAGUGACUCUGCAACACCUGAACCACACGUAUACGUGUGUCGCCGGUAACAGAGUGGGAAACAGCACUGUCACAAUCACACUUCAAAGGAAAACAAAAGUUAUAUGGCCGUCACUUGUCGGGUACCCCCUCGCGUCCUUUGCGGUGGUAGCAGGGCUGGGCGUCAUCUUCCACACGAAGAGGCUGGAAUUACAAAUCAUCUGGAGAUCCCACUUCCCAUACGGAAAAGACGACGGAGAGGAAAAAGAGUUUGAUGUGUUUCUGUCCUACGUGCUGAGCCCUCCAUCAGCAGGAGGACUGGCCCUCUCCUCCAGGACAGGAGCUCAGGACUGUGAGGAAGCGCAUCUUUCAAACGUACCUCUGGAGGUGCAGCUGGCCCAGGUGUUAGAGGAGCAGUGGGGGUAUCGCCUCUGUCUCAUAGAGAGGGACGUCCUUCCCGGAGGAGCUUAUGCAAAUGAUGUGAUUCUGACAAUAAAGAGAAGCCAAAUGCUUCUCUGUGUCCUGUCAGCUGACUAUCUAGCCAACAACGACGCCGUGUUUGUACUGGAAUCAGGAGUCCAGGCUUUGCUGCAAAAGUCUGCUCUAAAACUUCUUUUAAUAUGGACCGAUGGACAUCCUUCAUCCCUCAAUCUGCCACACGCCUCGCUAGAAUUGGUUCAAAGGGCCUUGAAGGUUCUUCCAAGUCUCACCUGGAGCCCGCACAAGUCUUCCGCAGCCACCAGCAGCUUCUGGACCUCUUUGAGGAAAAGCAUGCCUGAUCACAGGAUCGGACUGGUGUCACCCACGCAGUGCCAAUGAAAUUA